GUGAGACCUUCUGAGGCUCUUACUAAUCACCAUUAUCCCUGUACCUGUGUUAAAGAAUUAUGGAUUCUACUUAUUCAGCUGCUGGACCACAGAAAUAAAGGGUCUCACACAGAGUCUUUCUGGAGCUUGGUGAACAAAACUCUAAAGAAUAUAUUUGAAAGGCCAAGUAGUUCUGAAAGGAUAUCUGGUUUUGAAUCAAUUCAGUGUAAAGACCCACUGAGUUUUAGCUGGUGGAUUAUUACUCAUCUGGCAUCACUCUACCAGUUUGACCGUAAUGGAAAACUAGAUGAAAAGAAGCAGAAGGAAUCCAAUUGGAAAUUUGUGGAAGAACUCCUUAAAAAAUCCACUGAUGCUCAAACUGGUGUGUUAGAGGAACACUUACGAAUGCAUCUACAGUGCUGUUUGACUUUGUGUAAUUUCUGGGACUUGAAUCUCUCUAUCGUCACCGUACUCUGGGAUUAUUACAGCAAGAACCUGAACAGUGGCUUUACUAUUCCUUGGCUUGGUCUGAAGGGUCUGGCAAAUGUUAGUAAAACUUCUUUGUCAAUGCUUGAGUUGGUGAAAAGUUGCUGUUGUGAACAGCAGAUCCCCGCCCUGUACGAGUCCAGCAACAGUUACUUCAUUUUUCUCAGCAUUUUGGCACGGAUGAUGAAAGACGAGGCAGAGAACAGUGGCACGCAUCCCUGGAAACAAAUUAAAGGACGAAUUUAUUCCAAGUUCCAUCGGAGAAGAAUGCAGGAGCUGACAGAAGUGGGGCUGCAGAACUUUUUUAACCUGUUCCUCAUGCUAGCAAUUGUUGCGGAGACAGAAGACAUAGUAAGUCGAGUGCUGGAUCUUUUGGAUUUCCUGACUCCAUCCUCCAUCACCGUGUCUCAGAGAGCUCUCAUCUGGAGAGGCCAUUUUGCUUUCCUUUUGAUCUACGUUGAGAAGAACAUGGACAUUAGUGUCCUUGCUGAGAAACUCUCAAAUGCAUUCCGUGAGAAGGCAAAGGAGUUUUUAGUAAACAAAAAUGAUUACACACAGAAACAAAAUCUCUGGACUCUACUUUCAACCUACAUUGAUGGUGUCCAAGAAGUGUUUGAGACCAGCUGCUACUUGAGCCUUUCUGAGGAAAAAUUGCUAAAUGAUGGCUUCACUAUGCUGCUGCCUGCUUGUCGAGGAGCUGAACUGAGUAUGGUCCUAAAUUUUCUUCAGGUUGUUCUAGCCAGACUUCG